ACUAUCAAAACUGCUGUAAAAAUUUUAAACGGAGGCAAAACAACUAAAACAAAUAAAAAAUUACUAUUUAUAUAUUUUAUUUCAUAAUAAAACUGAGAGCUGAUUUGAGAGCAAAAUGCUUGAAGUAACAUGCAAUGAUCGACUCGGUAAGAAGGUUCGAGUUAAAUGCAACCCUGACGAUACCGUGGGUGAUUUAAAGAAGUUAAUAGCCGCACAAACUGGCACUAGAUACGACAAAAUAGUACUCAAGAAAUGGUACACAGUAUUCAAGGAUCAUAUUAAACUUGCAGACUAUGAAAUCCACGAUGGGAUGAAUUUGGAGCUGUACUAUCAAUAAUAAAAACAUUUGUAUUUUAA